GUAGCACUUACCUCAACUCCACCACAAAUGAAUGCCAACAGUAUGCCUAAACAAGUGGAGGUGAGGAUGCACGAGAGUCACCUGGAGCCCAUUGAGGCCCGGCCUCAAUCCAAAUGUGCCAGAAUGUGCUCCAAGCUGUUUUCGAACCUGCUGCUCACACUCACCAUCCUCGGUGUGAUCUUGGGAGCUGUAUCAGGAUGUUUGCUGCGUGUGGCCUCCCCGAUUCACCCAGAUAUCAUCAUGGUGAUCGCUUUUCCUGGAGACAUCCUGAUGAGGAUGCUGAAGAUGUUGAUCCUGCCACUUAUCAUCUCCAGUUUAAUCACAGGUCUGGCCGGUUUGGACGCCAAAUCCAGCGGUCGCCUGGGCACCAGAGCAAUGGUCUACUACAUGUCCACCACCAUCAUUGCCGCUGUCCUGGGAGUCAUCCUGGUGUUGCUCAUCCACCCUGGCAACCCCAAACUGAAGGAGAAUCUGGGCCAGGGCGAGAAGAAUGACGAUGUCUCCAGCUUGGAUGCCUUCUUUGAUCUGAUCAGGAACCUGUUCCCAGAGAACCUGGUGCAGGCUUGUUUCCAACAGGUCGCGACGGUCACAAAGAAGACUGAGAUACCAUUUGAGGAGAACCUCAACGCCACCACCAUCAUGGAGGGACUGGUGGCCAACAUCACCAGGGAGCCUGAGAUCCUCGUCACUAAGACCCUGCAGUUCAAAAGUGGCAUGAAUGUCCUGGGUCUGAUUGGUUUCUUUAUUGCAUUUGGCAUCUGCAUGGGCAAGAUGGGAGAGAAGGCCAGACUCAUGCUUGAAUUCUUCAGCAUCCUCAAUGAGAUUGUGAUGAAACUUGUCAUCCUGAUCAUGUGGUACUCUCCCUUCGGUAUCGCUUGUCUGAUCUGUGGUAAGAUCAUCUCCAUCAAGGAUCUGGAGGUGGUGGGAAGGCAGCUGGGCAUGUACAUGGUCACUGUCAUCAUCGGCCUCAUCAUUCAUGGAGCAAUCUUCCUGCCCAGCAUCUAUUUCUUUAUCGUCAGGAAAAACCCCUUCACCUUCUUCCUGGGUAUCUUCCAGGCCUGGAUCACUGCUCUGGGUACAGCAUCUAGUGCUGGAACCCUGCCCGUCACCUUCCGUUGUCUGGAGGAGAACUUGGGUAUUGACAAAAGAGUCACUCGUUUUGUGCUCCCAGUCGGUGCCACCAUUAACAUGGAUGGAACUGCUCUGUACGAGGCUGUGGCUGCCAUCUUCAUUGCCCAAAUGAAUGGUAUCUACCUUGACCCGGGCCAGAUUGUCACUGUCAGUCUGACAGCCACCCUGGCCAGUGUAGGAGCAGCCAGUAUUCCCAGUGCUGGCCUGGUGACUAUGCUGCUGAUCCUGACUGCUGUCGGCCUGCCAACGGAAGACAUCAGUCUGCUGGUUGCUGUUGACUGGCUGCUGGAUCGAUUCAGGACCUCGGUGAACGUGGUUGGUGACUCCUACGGUGCAGGCAUCGUGUACCACCUGUCCAAGGCAGAGCUCGACGAGCUGGAUGCACACACGGCUAAGUCAGACGACAUCGAGAUGAUGACGAAGACCCCGUCUUACUACGACGACAUGAAGAACCACCACGAAAACAAUUCCAACCAGUGCGUCCUUACCGAUACCGCUACAACCGCUUCAACUACUGCUAACAUUUCUGUCGUAGUAGAUGAAUGCAAGGUAACCUCAGCCACUAACGGCUCUGCUGCGGAGUGCACGCUUGUUGAGGAGGAACCAUGGAAACAUGAAUAA